AUGAGCAGCAGAUCCAAGGAUUCUUCGACACCCGAACUACACCCACAAAGUGAGGCGUGUAGGACUUACCAGGCACCUACCAUGCAAACGCCGUAUAUGGUAAUGUCGCUCCAGGCCAUCGAAGCUCCGAAACGGGAUAACCUUCUUGCUGCAGUUUUCUCCUGGAUCACCCUUGCAGGCUUCAUUUUUCUCCCUGGUACGUUUACUUCCUUGAAAAAUUCUGACACCCUGGGUGAGAGCAAGAGUGGCCAAGCAGUGCAAGGCGCCGUCCAGAAUAUACCACUCCUGCCCCUGGCUGGUGUUUGUUAUCUCGUGGGAGUCAUUGGCUCUUACUGUCUGUGGCGGAGAUGGCGUCGAAAUUAUAUCUGGCUAGUGGGGCGGAUAUUCUUACCAGGGGUUUCCCAUUCAGUUGUCGGCCUGGCCACAAUGCUCAUCAAUGUUUAUACAGCUCAGGAUGGGUACUGGUCAGUGACGGCUAAAGUUAACAUCAUCAUCAUUGCGUUGUACCUUGGGGCCACAUCCGCCCUGACUCUACUAUACAACAACUGGCUUCUUGAGAAGAUAAAAACGCCCCACGACAAGGAGCUGGCGAAGCGGCUUCCACGGUAG